AGCCGGUCCAACCCCAAACAGUGGCCGAAACAGCAGUAACCCAACUAUUACUCGGCAACACGUAAUGGAGAUGGAGAGGCAGCUACGGGAUGUUCUUGACGCCGCCUCAUUCGACCGUGCAGUCAUUCGCGUUGGCAAUGGCAUCUACAACUUCGGGAGCGACCGGUGUAUUCUCCGCCUUGACGUUGACAACCGUGUCCUAGCUUCUUCAGGUGAUGACGGUGCAUCGUUCAUACCCGUGGCAGACUUCAUUCGCAAGCUAUCUACGACUCCUACACCCAUACAGGAGCAAGGCGUCGAAGAAAAUGCGGCUGGAGCGACUACAGCAGGUGUGCGCCGAACUAGCAGUUUGCAGGAUGCUGGUGCGACACCACAGGGGCCACCAGCUACCUCGACAGUCCAGAGGAAGGGCAUUCUCAACUACCAGCAGCCGAAACUGACUAGUACUUACUCAUGAUUUGGCCGGGCUGCAACAUCUGCAGAAGUGAAUAGACUAGGUUUUCCUGAGAUGGUAGCCAAUUACGAGUUUUUGGAAAGUGUUCACACCUCAGUCUGAUGUGACGAAUCAAAAUAUCAAUAUGAUCGAAGGCCCGCUUUGGGAAAACUCCAAUUUGCAUCACAGGCGUUUCGAUCGGGAGCCCUCAGCUAUCUGCAAAUCGAAUGGCGGCCAUGGAGCCGAUGCCUUUCUAUGCCCAACCGCACCGAUCGAGUACUUUCCCUUUUUCGUCUGUGCUUUUAAUUUUAUCUUCAUGACUGCCUCGUCUUCCUUAAAUGGGUAACGGGAGGCAGAGCGCUGCCAAAUAACAACACGACGCCACUGCGUGGCGCGAGAGAGAUGGGCUUGCCCUUUCCUUCUGUUGUAUGCGGCGCCGCUAUUGUUCUGAUAGAGCGACAAGGUCGCGAUAGAGAAGGGGGGCCGCUGUCCAAGUUGCACCGCUGUGGCGAGAACGCGAAGGCGCCUGCUUUUGCGUGGCAUUCUCUGGCUGGAGAGCACUUCGCCACGAAGUCACGCGACUGCCUUGGUGAGUCUCGCCGACUCUACCGCAGAAGCAGCGGCGCCGCAAAUCUAAGCCGGCCCUUUGAGUGCGACGUAGCUCGCCGUCUUGGCCCGGAUGCUCAUGCCGCGCCCUUUUGGUCCGCCUUGGCCGCGGCUGCUCUGGGCGAGUUCGCCUCUGCGUCGCGCUUCCCUGUGUUGCGGCGAGUCAUACCGCGACCAAACUACCACUCGGGGACUAAUUGGGCCCCGCAGACGACUCGCGGGCUGCGUGGUGUUGGGCUUGGAGCACCGCCGGGCUUCCUAUAGGAACUAACUAACUAACUAACUAAAGUUCAUGACUACGCAGUAUGCACAUAUUUAGAAGUUUGGUCUGAGUUCAUCUUCACGUGUACGGCGGUUCGAGAUUGACCCGUAUCAUUCAGAAUUUCCAACAUCACCGCCAGCCUCGAGUGAGCCUGUUGUUAAGGAUAAGCCUUUCGUUGGAGGGGGAGUUUCGUCGCGACCUAGUGAAGUGCUUUCUCUUGCAGGCAGACAAUCGAGGGAAGCCAGUCCUCAGCCUGUUGUGGGCGACGCUAUGCGUUCCUGGGUAGGACGCGAGCGGCAAGCUGGGCCACCAGUCUCUCAAAUCUUGCUGAAUUUUGGACAGCCACCCCGAACUUUGAGCGCUUCACCGCUUCGCACAACCCAGCAGACCCGACGUCAUCCCUGACGAUUACGAAAGCGUGGAUCUUAACGCUUUGUCGCUGAAUGGGACUACUAGGGCAUCUAUCAUCUACCUUGUUUGUCACGUUUCUUACACGACAUACUUAUCCCUUACCUCUUGUUUUUCGAUAACUAAUGAGCAUCAAAACGCAUGCUUUCCCAAAUAUAUUUGAAAUGAACGAUGGUCCUACUGUAGAAAAUAGUGGUUGACUCACUCUUCUUCCUACUCGACUUAGUUUUCGUCCUACACCUCAACAUAUCUGCGCGUGCUUCCAGCAUAGAGGAGUGCGUGAUCACAUGCCUCGAACCCCAUUCCACCAUGGUCACUUUUAAUCGAGACCGAACAUUAUAAUUCUUAUGGAUGUUGAUCUCCGUUCUAUCUAGUAUCUUCUUCUUCAUCUUCACUCACGUGGUUAGAAUUCCGCGCAAUAUCGCUCGAUUCGAUUGCGCUCUCAAUCUUGAUGAGUCAUGGACUUUUAGUUUCAGGGUAAUAAUAGACGACUCCAAUCCUGCUUCUAGAUUUUUUAGAGUAUUAUAUAUAAGAAAGAAAGAGAGACUAGGCUUAUCCUCCAAAUCUUGCGGCAGCUAAAACCGGCGAUUAUCUCAGAGGUGAAGCAAAAAGUGUUCAUCCUAUUGGUAUUGCCUUGCUUGGAGAGGGGUGGAAGUGGAAAUACAACAAGACCAAUAACGAACCCAC